AUGUUAGUGGAGGAGGGCUCCGAUUGGUUUCAAGGCUUCUUCACCUUCCUCUAUGGCCUCAUGAACCCGUUUGAGGAUGAGGAUGGAGCGGCGGAGGAGGAAAAAAUAUCAGAUGAACCCCGACCCGAUCGGAAAAGAGCGAGACACAGAGCCAACUUAAUCGAAACAGAAUCUCCAAAAACAAAGGUCAAGAAAAAAGAGGUGGCUACCGAGACCAAAGAUGAAAAUCCAGGACAUGUUUCCAAGAGAAAAGCCAAAAAAGAAAACCCUCUUACCAAAGGCGUGGGCUGGAAGCUGAGGGAGGCCCUGAACCAGCAGCUGGCCAUCAUCCAUGAGCGAUUGGAGGCCAAAAAGAUUGCCAAAAUGGCACUGGCCGAGGUGAGGAACAUCCUGGCCAGGGAGAAGGAGAAGGUCCUAGGGGUGACGAGGGACGAGGUGGCAAAGAAGGCUAAGGUGGCAACGGCAGCUAGGAUGGAGGACAAGCCAGAGAAGGGGGAGUUUAAGAAGGCCUUGGGCAAGAUUAGGAGAGACAAAGAGAAGGAGGGAGAAAAUAAGAAAGAGGGAGAAAAUAAGAAACAGGAGCAGGGCAAGAAAGCUAAGAAGAAUGCGACAAAGCCAGACAAGAAGUCAGUGAAAGAGGUGAAGGGUAAGAGGGUGGAGGUCCCCAAAGACGCCAAAAAUAAAGAGUCCCCCAAAGCGGCUGCUAAAAAGCUCAAGAUGUCUGAUAAGGGGGUCCGGAAAUGAUGCUAAACUCUUCACACCUGCACUGAUGUCGGUGAUCUUUCACUCCCUCUGCUGACACAGAUGUUAAAAGAUUCAGGAGAAACACCACCUGUGAGAGGUCUCCAGUGACAGACCCCUGCGAAUGGGAGUAGGAAACCCCAUACUGUGCAGGACAGCCAUUUCCGCAAUGUAUAGUGCAUAGUGUUUUAGCCACUUCCUGCUUGUGGAAAAAACCAUAAUGCUGUCCUCUAUAGAAGUAUGAACUGGACAAGGAAAGGCGCCAAGAGGAUGGCAAGGUGCUAUAAGCUUAGUUUCAGAUGUGGUUUAGUUUUGUGUUAAUUUACAUCAGAAAAUAUAGCUUUAUUUAAAGUCGCUAGACAAGAUAUUUGUGGAAUUAGAUAAUGAUUUAUUUUGCAUUUGGUGGAGAAGUGGAUUUGAAAGGAUCAGCUAUGUGCUUGUUCUUUGUUAAUAAAGUUGCUGGAUUCUG